AUGUUACCAUACUCUGUUGUACUACAUAUAUACAUAAUACAUAGACCAGGCAAGAGUUAUAGAGAUAGAAAUAGCAUUAAUAUGGUCAAAUCAUACCAACGUUUUGAGCAGGCGUCCGUAUUUGGUGUCAUCAGUUCCAAUUCCAACUGUGUUUGGCUACCUUCGACGUCUUCCAAGAAAUCACAUCCCGGCCAAAUAAUUACUGGGGCACUCGAGAACGUUAAUAUAUGGGAUCUAAAGACUGGUGAGUUGGCUAGUUUCUUAAAUGAUGGUUUGGUACCACCACCAGGGUCAGUGGAUGCUAAAUCUUCAAAACCUGCAGAGACGACUUUCCUACAACAUCAUAAGGAAACUAAUCUAUUAGCAGUUGGUUACAAUGAUGGGGUCGUGAAAGUUUGGGAUCUUUAUUCCAAGACAGUUCUCUGUAACUUGAAUGGCCAUUCAUCUGCCAUAACAGCCUUGAAGUUUGAUACAUCUGGUACCAGAUUAAUUUCAGGUUCCAGAGAUUCUAACAUUAUUGUUUGGGAUUUAGUCAGUGAAGUAGGUCUUUAUAAAUUGAGAUCUCAUAAGGAUGCAAUUACAGGAAUCUGGUGUAAUGAAGUUACGAACAACAACCAAGAGGAGAAUGAAUUGGAUUGGCUAAUUAGUACUUCCAAGGAUGGGUUAAUUAAGAUUUGGGAUUUGAAAAUUCAACAAUGUGUGGAGACUCAUAUUGCUCAUACUGGGGAGUGUUGGUCUCUUGCUGUGAGGAAUGAUUUAGUCAUUACUACUAGUUCUGAUUCUCAGGUUAAAUUUUGGCAAUUGAGUCUACAGGAUGAUACUGUACCAAAUGGUUCUAAAUUAAUUGAAAAGGGAAUAUAUGAAAAGCAAAGUAAGCAAAGAGGUCUUAAUGUUGAAUUUAUCGAUAGUAUAGAUGGUGUUGGUUUCUUUUUAAUCCAGAAUGCAGACAGAACAGUGGAAAUCUUCAGACUAAGAAAAGAGGAAGAAAUAUCCAAAGCCUUAAAGAAAAGAGAAAAAAGAUUAACAGAAAAGGGUAUGACUCCUGAUGAAAUCAAGAAAUCACUAGAAGAUUCAUUUGUAUCCAUGAUGAUGCACCCAUUCCAAAUAAUAAGGUCUAUUUACAAAGUGAAGGCUGCUACAUGGACGAUUGCGACAUCUACCAAACUUGAGUUAACUGUGACUACUGCCAAUAAUACUAUUGAAUAUUAUUCUAUCCCAUACGAAAAAAGAGAACCCACGCAGCCAAUAGCGAACAAAUUAUACAACGUUGAGUUGCAAGGUCAAAGGACUGAUAUUCGUUCUAUUGAUAUUAGUGAUGAUAAUAAAUUAUUAGCCACAGCCUCAAAUGGUUCAUUAAAGAUUUGGAAUUUGAAAACGAAAUUGUGUAUUAGAACCUUUGAAUGUGGAUAUGCACUAACAUGUAAAUUCUUGCCCGGUGGAAUGUUAGUCAUCAUCGGUACUAGAGCUGGUGAAUUACAACUAUUUGACUUGGCUUCUUCCACCCAGAUUGCCAACAUUGAAGAAGCUCACGAUGCAGCCAUCUGGUCAUUGGAUUUAACAAGUGAUGGUAAAAGAUUAAUUACCGGUUCUGCUGAUAAGAGCGUUAAAUUUUGGAAUUUCCAAUUGGAGCAAGAAUUGGUUCCUGGUACUUCAGAUAAAUUUGUACCUAAAUUAGGACUACAUCAUGAUACUACGCUAGAAUUGAGUGAUGAUAUUCUCUCGGUUAGAGUAUCUCCCGAGGACAAAUUCCUUGCCGUGUCUCUUUUAGAUAACACAGUGAAAGUUUUCUUUUUGGAUUCUAUGAAAUUUUUCUUGAGUUUAUAUGGACAUAAAUUACCAGUGCUAUCCAUAGACAUAUCGUUUGAUUCCAAGAUGAUCAUUACCUCAUCUGCUGAUAAGAACAUAAAGAUCUGGGGGUUGGAUUUUGGUGAUUGUCACAAAUCAUUAUUUGCUCAUCAGGAUUCUAUUAUGAAUGUAAAGUUUGUUCCUGAGUCACAUAAUUUCUUUAGUUGUUCCAAGGACGGUAUUAUUAAAUAUUGGGAUGGUGACAAGUUUGAAUGUAUUCAGAAAUUAGCUGCUCAUCAAAGUGAAGUUUGGGCCUUGGCCAUUGCUAAUGAUGCAUCAUUUGUUGUUUCAUCUUCGCACGAUCAUAGUAUCAGAAUUUGGGAAGAAACUGAGGAUGAAGUAUUUUUGGAAGAAGAGAGAGAUAAAGAAAUGGAGGAACAAUAUGAGGAUACAUUGUUAGCAUCAUUGGAAGAAGGUAAUGGUGACGACGCAUUUAAGGGAGAUACUAAGGGUGCCACCAACGUAGAAUUCGACGAAGCUACUGAUGUUCACAAGCAAACAAUGGAAUCGCUAAAGGCAGGUGAGAGAUUGAUGGAAGCUUUUGAUUUGGGGAUGGCUGAAAUUGAAUCAUUUGAAGAAUAUGAUAAGAAUUUAAAAUUAUGGCAAAGGAAAAAGACUGGUGAACCACCAAUCAAACCUCAGGGAAAUGCCAUCUUAAUUGCUAUUAAAAAGACACCAGAAGAAUAUAUAAUGGACACACUGAUAAGGAUCAAACCAUCACAACUGGAAGAUGCCCUGCUUGUGUUGCCAUUUUCUUAUGUUUUGAAAUUUUUGAAGUUCAUCAAUAUUGUCAUUGGUAAUAAGAAGAUGUUGAAUAAUCAUCUUGCAUUGAUUUGUAAGAAUUUGUUUUUCAUCGUUAAGUCGAACCAUAAGGAAUUGGUGAGUCAAAAGAAUGAAGUUUUGAAAUUGCAAAUAACUAAGGUCAAGAAUGAAUUAAGAAAUGCCUUAAAGGCUAAUGAAGAUGAUCUUGGGUUUAAUAUUCAAGGUAUGAAAUUCAUUAAACAACAAUGGAACUUGAGACAUAAUCUUGAAUUUGUUGAUGAAUAUGAUCAAAAGAGUCACGAGGACAAGAUGGCCAAGAAGAGAACUUUUGGAACCCUCGUAUAA